AUGACUGCAAAAGUAUCCUUGAAGAAGGCAUCUUCGAAGAAAUUGAAGAAACAACCUCAACAAUCAAAAAAAGGUUAUACACCAAAAAAUGAAAUUGAAUGGGAAUUUGGAGGUCCAAUUGGAGUAACUGCAAUGAUAAUUGGAUUUCCAUUAUUAAUGUGGUAUAUGUGGAUUGGGGCUGAAUUCUACAAGGGUCAUUUUCCAUGGCCAACAAAAGAUCAAUCAUGGUUAGAAUUUUUUAUAUUAUUAUGGGAAUUAAUUAAAUUAAAUGCUUUACCUACUUGGGGUACAUUUAUAUUUUUCACAAGUUUUAUUUUAAUUCAAGGUAUCUUUUAUGUAACUUUACCUGGAGUUUGGACAAAAGGACAACCAUUGAGUCAUUUAGGAGGGAAACAAUUACCAUAUUUUUGUAAUGCUAUUUGGUCUUUUUAUACUUCAAUUGCUUUAUGUUUGGGAUUACAUUUUUCUGGAUUAUUACCUGCUUAUUAUAUAUUAGAUAAUUUUGGAAGAAUUAUGACUGUAGCUAUCUUUUAUGGUAUAAUAUUUUCAAUUGGGUUAUAUUUAAUUACUAUAAAUAUUACUGGAGAUUAUCAUAGAAUGACAGGUAAUCAUAUAUAUGAUAUGUUUAUGGGAGCUCCAUUAAAUCCAAGAAUUGGUAAAUAUUUAGAUUUGAAAAUGUUUUUUGAAAUUAGAAUUCCUUGGUUUAUUUUAUUCUUUAUAAGUUUUGGAUUAUGUUUCAAACAAUAUGAUUCUUAUGGUUACGUUACACCUCAAGCCUUGUUUUUAUUAUAUGCUCAUUGGCUUUAUGCUAAUGCUUGUGCUAAAGGUGAAGAAUUAGUAGUACCAACAUGGGAUAUGGCUUAUGAAAAAUUUGGCUUUAUGCUUAUUUUUUGGAAUAUUGCAGGUGUUCCAUUUACUUAUUGUCAAUGUUCAUUAUUUUUAGCAUAUAAUGAACCUCAAACUUAUCAAUGGUCAAAAUAUUACAACUUAUUUUUGUUUGUUGUUUUGACAAUUAGUUAUUACUUUUUCGAUACCGGAAAUCGUCAAAAGAAUAGUUUUAGAAGAACAUUAUCAGGAAAUACUCAUUUAAGAAAAACUUUCCCAUACUUACCAUAUUCAGAUUUAGUAAAUCCAAAAUAUAUUAAAUGUGCAAAUGGUUCAACAUUAUUGACUGAUGGUUGGUAUGUAUAUGCAAGAAAAAUGCAUUAUACAGCUGAUUAUAUUCAAACUUUAACAUGGGCUUUAAUUUGUGGUUUUAAAUCCCCAUUUCCAUGGUUUUUCCCAUUAUUUUUCUUAAUAGUUUUAAUUCAAAGAGCUUACAGAGAUCAAAGAAAAUGUGCUAAAAAAUACGGUAAAGAUUGGGAUAGAUAUUUAGAAGCUUGUCCAUAUUUGUUUAUUCCGUACGUUUGGUAA